AUGGCCAUGCGGUUACUUACCUCAGGUCGGAAUGUCGGUGUUCUGGAUGUUGGUCUUCUGGUUUGUCGUUGUAUUCGUCUCGGUGAAGUGAAUGUCGGUGAUGUGGUUUUUCGGCCCUUUGACCAAAUGGUCAGUAAUGGAUGUGGAGGACAUCAUAUUGCUGUUUAUGCAGUUUUAGCGAAGUUGCAGUACAUCUUGAAUACUCAGUCCAUUGCAGAUGUUGAUAUAGUCAGAGAUACAGCCUUUAAUAUAAGAAGCAGUGAAACAACCCCAGGAGAAAAGAACUUGGUCCCCUUUGAUGAGAACCAACAAGAGGAAAUUUAUAUGGAAGAAGAAGCCUCACAGCAAGAAAGUAUGGCGACCGAAAACUUGAGUGGAAAAAAGAGCCACGACCUUGGAGAAUACGAUCCGCUUACACAGGCUGAUAGCGAAGAGAGUGAGGACGAACUUGUACUUGACUAUCAGAAGAAUGGCAGUGUGCGAAAUGGCACAGGUGGCCGCCGACAGGUUCGGGAACCUGACUCAGAUGUUGAGACAGAAGUGCGAAAAAUAAAAGAACGUCACCCAGAGAGUAGAGCUGACAGACACUCACCAGCAACUGCAAAUGUAACACAGAAAACCACUCCGCCAUUAGUGGCACAUCUUCGGACAGCAGGAUUCCUUUUUGUUCUCUUCAUUACAGUGUUCCUAGUACUAAUGUUUGCAUUCCUUAUCCCUUGUCCACAGAAGGCUGAUCUACAAAAGUCAUGGAAUAAGACUUUAGGUCAAGGUGCAGGUGUUUUGGCUCCUGUUACUUUGUAUGAUGUUAACAGCGAUGGUGUUCUUGAUGUCCUGUUGUCAUAUCCAGAAUUCUUAAAUGUUACAUCUUCAAGGCAUGAGCGUAUGCAAGGCUUUCGCAGACACCGUGGAAUAGCUACUGCCCUCUCAGGAGUAAAUGGAGAUACCCUGUGGACCAGACAAUUUCCUGAAGAGAUUCGAUUUAUACAGUGUGGGACUCAGCCCAUGGGAAAUGGCCCUGGUUCUGUUUGCCUUCUCACUGGGACAUCAAAACUUCAGUGUUCACUUAAUGCCUCAUCAGGCAUCAUUUUAUGGGAGCUGAAAACUGAUGUCUUUAAUGAAGGGACCAUAGCUUCCCCAGCCAUACUUCUACCAGAUCUGGAUGGUGAUGGAGUAAAGGAUCUCCUCGUUUUAACCAUUGGAGAUUCCCAGCCAGAACUAUCUUUCCUGCUAUUUUCUGGUGAAAACGGCUCUGCAAUUGGUGUAUCAGUUAGCUACAAUACUAUGAAGGAUGGCAAACUGGUUGGACCGCAGGUGCACAUCACACGCAGAGGAGCUGUCUACAUUCUUUUUGGCUUUGGUAAUGUCCAAGCUGUGGCUCUCAGGGAUAUUUUUGCACAGGCAACCAACAGGGAUAGCUAUCCCCCAACUUUGCAGGAUAAGGACCCUGAGUGGGAGAGAAAGAGACCCAUAAAUUCAACGGAUCUCAUCAGUAUUUACAGUGGCGAGGUGGAAUACCUUCAGAUGGUCAGAAGCCCUGGGCAGAACUACAGUGACCUGCUUAUUACCACGCGUCACAAAGUAACUCUUCUGAGAGGACAAGACCUAGAGCCACGCUGGAUUCGAUCUGCCGUCAGUAAUAUUCAAAGUCCACCAGUUUCUGGUCACUAUAAUUUGGAUGGAAUUCCAGACUUCCUUCUUCAAGAGACUGUGGGAACUGCCAGGAAAAAGGUGGAGAUGAUUGAUGGCAGCACAGGACGCACUCUCUGGAACUAUGACUUCCCAUGCCGGAUGCAGGAUCUGGAGGCAGCAUCAGUUAUGACUUCCGGUAAAACUUCUGCCUUUCUUUUCUGGGCAGGAAAAAUACAGCCACAGGCUAAUUACUCUAAUGAGGUCUCAGACGAUGGUCAGCAUGUACUGUAUCUCAUGCAUUCCUCCUAUCCUCAGGCCCUCCUGGAACUGGAGAACAGCACAGCAGUCAUAAUGUCAUCAGCGGUUGGAAUAAGUGAAUUUGAGAAAGAUGCUGUGUUUGUCACCAUGAAGGUGAAACCCGGACAAGGGAAACAGCCAGGGCCCUUUAUAAUUAACCAGAUAGGUUUACGAUGGGCCAUGGCUCAUAGCAGGGUGGUGCAACUCAGUUCUGGAACGAAGUCCGACAAAGUGAGAAAAUUCCUUUCCAAACUUGAAUUCAGCAACAUCCGUCAGCAAUUUCAGAUCUAACCAUUCAGUAAUGGCUUGCAUACACUUCUGAUUACAAGAAACGAACAAUGAACAUAAGAAGGCUGAAAAGUAAACUGCCUCAGAAGCCCUGUGGAAGGUUAUGCUAUACUCAGAAGGGCAUGGUUUAAUUAUUUCUGUAGUGUUACAUAAAUGAUUUUGUAGUCAUGUAAGUUAUUUUUCUUUAAGUCAUAACUUCAUAUUGUAAACCUAACUCCUGCUGGUCGGGAGAAAUUGAUGUAAAUCUGUAUCUUUAACUGAGGUUGUUUAUUAAGGCCACAAAAGGAGCAUAUGUUAUUCUGUGGAUAUGCAUCUAAUUUAUUUGCCAAAAGCAUGUUGAGCAUUUCUUAAGGCAGUAUUCAUUAGUACACAAUUUUUUAAAUUUCUCAUUUAAAAAGUCUAAUGGGUAUACUUGUUAUAAUUAACAAAAUGGAACUUGUUCUAUGUAAACACUGUUAUUUUCCAGUCUGCAGACCAUUUUCUAAUUAGAAAUGUCUAAAACCAGUAUUGUCGUCUUGCAACAACUACUUGCUUUUACCAUAGAUUGUUUUUCUCUGUCAGUGUUUAACCCCGCAGACAGAAUAAAACAUUUUUUUGAAUCUAAGAAAAUACUAAUUUGGCCAAAUGGAGAAUUAAAAAUGAGGUGUAACCCACCAUUGCACUUCAAAUGGUGCAUGUAAGAUGACUGAAGCCCCUGUUUAUAUCCAGACACAGGGUACUUUGGAGGGAAAUUAUUUAAAAUUAAAUGGCUAAAUUAUUU